AUGGUUAUCGAUCUUACGCUUGACUCGGACUCCGAAGAGAGGAAUGAGAAUCAUGUGCCAUCGUCAGCACCACCUCUUCAGAACAACAUCCCCAAGUCCCCUUCCACUCUUACCCACCGCCCUGCCUCCUCAGUUCCCUCGAAACGAAAAUCUGAAGAUGUAGAUGAACUACUGGCAUCCUUUCUGCCCCGCCGGCCGCAGUCACAGCCGCGGUCUUUUCCCCAACCACAACCGACUAACCGGGCCCAUCAGCACGCCAUCUCUAUCGAGAUAGAGGAUGACGAUGAAGCCGAAGAUGUCAAGCCUGUUCAAAACCACCGCAGAGUCACAGCCGCUCGAUCUUCUUUCUUCAACCCUAACACCAUUUCCUCUGCUGGCAAGGAAAACAGACCUCUGCAGAUCAAGUCUAAUGCAACAUCUACCCGUUCAUCUUCACCCCUCACUCUUGCAGCCACCAAGGCCGAACCCCGCCGCAGUCAAGACGGGGAUGAAGACAGAAAGCAAAGUUCCCUCUUAAGCACUCGCCGGUCCCUCUCCUUCCAAACCCCCAGUCCCGGCCCUAUCUCCCUCAGCGUAGUCAUCCCCUCGCCUUCUCGGCGCCAGCAACAGGAGCUCGAUUCAGCCGACGUGAUCUCCGUCCCAUCUCCAAUCGGCCUCUCCGAGGACUUCUACCCAACCGACGCGUACGAGAAACGCGCCUUGAAAGGUGCAUACCCCGUGGCCCGGAAAGUGGAUCGAGCAGCCAUUCCAUUCACUAUCGGCGCCCCUGGCCCACUGCUCACAUCCAAACCGGACAUCAGCGCCCAGCUGCACCAAACCCUGCAGCAGAAGCUCGCGAAGAUCCGAGGCCCUAAAGUAACCUUUGCAUCUGGGGACCAGCACCAGCUAGCGCAGUUCGCAGCCAACUUUGAGUUUGUGAAUACAUAUAAGCUACGACAAGGGGUCACACCUGUCCCAGAGGAGUUCCUUGCGGGAUGUAGCUGUGACGGAUUCUGCGAUCCGGCGAGAUGUCUCUGUCUCAGCAAGGAAGAGGAGACGAAUGAUCCAAUGGUGCCGUACAAGCGGGCUGACGAUGACGGGCGAUUGCUGGUUCUUACACCGGAGUUCCUGAAACGAAAGGUCAUGAUCUACGAAUUACAGAAUGGCCGGACAGUCCGACUGGAGAUUUUCUGGACCGGCAACCGAGGAUUCGGGGAAGUAAUCACCAAAGAAGUAGCCGACAUCCGCGAAGACGCGACAUCUCAAAAAGGCCCAUCAUAUCUAUUCAGUCUCGACUUCCUCGCCACCGGCGAAGACAGCAAAUACGUAAUCGACGGACACAGAUUUGGCAAUCCAACACGGUUCAUAAAUCACUCGUGCAACCCGAACUGUCGCCUGAUUCCCGUGACUCGCAACCACGCCGACGAUUACCUGUACGACUUGGCUUUCUUUGCGCUGAGAGAUGUACCACCCAUGACGGAAUUGACGUUUGACUAUAAUCCCGGCUGGGAGAAGGUUAGGAAGGUUGACCCGAAUGCUGUGCCUUGUCUUUGUGGGGAGAGUAAUUGUCGUGGUCAGCUUUGGCCGAAUCAGAGGAAGGCGAAGAGGGGGUGAUGUUCCUUCUUCUUAUUCUUCUUCUUUUUUUCUUUCAUUCACUCACUCUGCAAUCUUUCAGCCCUCUUGUCGAUUUCGUAUUAUGAUAUGAUAUGAUAUCAUAUGCAUCGCAAGGGAGUGCGCGUUGAGUCGAUGAUCAGCAGCAUUGAUUGCAUUCUUGUUGUUGAGGUCCGGUACAUGCGAUUAUCCUUUUUUGCCCCCAUCACGGUGUUGUUAGGCAUCUUCCUGCGUUCUUGUCUCGCAUUGCACAUUGUUCUCAGGGG